GCGGCCGGCAGAGGGAUUCUGGGUAACGGCCCCAGCCGGCUGGGGCGGCUGGCUCCGCGCAGUAGGUUCUGCUCACGCGAAGUCUGUUGUCAGUGGGGAUUGUAGGGCCGGGGGGAGCCGGACAUGGAGCAGCCGUGGCCGCCGCCAGGACCUUGGAGCCUCCCUCGGGCAGAAGGUGCGGCUGAGGAAGAGAGUGACUUGGACGUGUCCCCUGGUUCUCCUCGCUACCCGCAGCUGCCGGGAGGCGGCACCCAGAUGUAUAGCCAUGGAAUUGAAAUGGCUUGCCAAAAGCAGAAAGAGUUUGUGAAGAGCUCUGUGGCGUGCAAAUGGAAUCUCGCUGAAGCUCAGCAGAAACUUGGUAGCUUAGCACUGCAUAACUCUGAGUCCUUGGAUCAGGAACAUGCCAAAGCACAAACAGCAGUAUCAGAACUGAGGCAACGGGAAGAAGAAUGGCGGCAGAAAGAAGAGGCUCUAGUACAAAGAGAGAGAAUGUGUCUGUGGAACAUGGAUGCCAUUAGCAAGGAUGUUUUUAAUAAGAGUUUUAUUAAUCAAGAUAAAAGAAAAGAAACAGAAGAUGAAGAUAAAUCAGAAUCAUUUAUGCAGAAACAUGAGCAGAAAAUCAGACAUUUUGGUAUGUUAAGUCGAUGGGAUGAUAGUCAGAGAUUUUUGUCUGACCAUCCAUACCUUGUAUGUGAAGAAACUGCUAAAUAUCUUAUUUUAUGGUGUUUUCAUCUAGAAGCUGAACAGAAGGGGGCUCUGAUGGAACAAAUAGCACAUCAAGCAGUUGUAAUGCAGUUUAUUAUGGAAAUGGCCAAAAACUGUAAUGUGGAUCCAAGAGGAUGUUUUCGCUUAUUUUUCCAGAAAGCCAAAGCAGAGGAAGAAGGUUAUUUUGAAGCAUUCAAAAAUGAACUUGAAGCUUUCAAGUCAAGAGUAAGACUUUAUUCUCAAUCACCAAGUUUCCAACCUAUAACAGUUCAGAAUAAUGUUCCCCAUUCUGGUGUUGGAUCUAUAGGUUUAUUAGAAUCCUUACCACAGGUAUUUAGAGAGAUACCAAAUUCCACUCCUUUAAAUACAGAAGGGAUGAGGACCACCUAAGCAUUCUUACGGUUCUGUGAGAAAUAGCCCAUAGGGACGCAGUCUUUCCAAAGGAAUUUUAUGACUAAGUCUCUGUAAGUUCAACAUAUAAACCUCCUAAAACUAAUGUGUUACAUAACGAAUGCAGAGGAAAAAAGACUUUUGAAGGAUGUUGUUAAUUCUAAAUGUAAGAGGGAAAAGAUAAGAUUUCAGCUAGAUCCACAGAAGCACUGUUAUUUGAGAGAAGGAUAGAUGAUAGAUAGGAUAAGAUGAGAGACAACCUGAGGGACUAAGUUGUCAACUGAGAGGAGAUUUGGAAGAAGAGCUUACCAUAACAAUAACAUCCCAUUUUUAUUACGUCAGUUUAUACCCUGCAAAACACUUUUACAUGGUGUCUCAUUUAAUCUUCUCAAAAACCCUGUGACACAUUUUCAUUCAUUUUAUGGAUGAAUAAACUGAAGCUCCUGGAGGUUAAGUAAUUUACCUGAAGUCAAUACAGUGAGUGAUGGAGCUAAUAUGCUAAUCGUGGAUUUCUGUUCUACUCCAUUGCUCAUUCAUUCUCCUACAUCAGGGGUGCUCAACUCCCGGGCCAUUGACCGGUACCGGUCCAAGCCCUGUUAGGAACCGGGCCACACAGCAGGAGGUGAGCGGCGGGCAAGCAAAGCUUCAUCUGCUGAUCCCUGUUGCUUGUAUUACCACCUGAACCAUCCCCCCACCCCACCCCAGGCCAGUGGAAAAAUUGUCUUUCACAAAAGUGGUCCCUGGUGCCAAAAAGGUUGGAGACCACUGACCUACAUUAUAGACUAUUGUUGAAUCAUAUGCUAGAAAUAGGACAAGACACUCAGUUGUGUGCUUUUGGGAAGAACUGGUCUCCGGGACAAGACAUGUGUUAAGUAUGUUAUUAGAUGAGAAUAUAGGGUAAUCAUGGAAUUUAAGUGUACAUUAGGUUAGGUAUAUUGAUUGCUUUUUGUUUUUUUAAGUCUCCUCAUGAUGAUGUCUUCAGUUUUUAAGGAGGUGGGUAGAUGAAUUCUAGAGAAUCUCUUUAGCCAGUUCUAAACUCAAAAUUCUCCAUGAAAACCUGGAGCCUAGUCUUAAUAGAGAGUAAUUGUAAGCUCUGUUCUGAAGGCCUUUGGAAUUGGGCCUGGAUGGUCAGAAAAGAUCUUAGCACUCUGUUUCUUUGGAGAAUGGGAUAAUGUAACAAGAUUAUUAAUAAUUUUUUAUAAAACUUAAAUUUGGAUAACACUUUAGCUUUUAAUCUUUUUUUAAAUUGACAACAGUCUCGUGAAAUAAGCCAAAUACCAUUAUCCUUAGCUUUGAGAGAACUAAACCAAGGCCUCUUGGACAGAGAAAUAAGUAACAGUUAACCUUAAGCUUAUCCUGUAUACUAGCUUUUAAUGCUGUUAAAUUUUGAUGAAUUAUUUUCUCUUUGAGGAUGGCAUUAUACUAAGUGGAAGAGGCAGGGUUAGAACUGAGGUCCAAAGUUAUUUUAGUGUUCCAGACCUCAGUCAGUUAUUUGUGCCACUUCCUUCAUAAAAACCUGAUUGAGAAUAAUCCAACUAACAUCUGGCUUACUUUUUGACUUCUACAAUAAAAGAAUCACAAAGUAGGGCUUCCCUGGUGGCGCAGUGGUCGAGAGUCUGCCUGCUGAUGCAGGGGACAUGGGUUCGUGCCCCGGUCCAGGAGGAUCCCACAUGCUGCGGAGUGGCGAGGCCCCUGAGCCAUGGCUGCUGAGCCUGCGCGUCCGGAGCCUGUGCUCCGCAAUGGGAGAGGCCACAACA